AUGUCGGCACCACUCCAUAUCGUCUUCGAGAAGCGUCUCUCCAAGAAACAGCCUGCCAUGCCCUCGCCCUCCCUCGUCCCCCAAUCAAUCCUCAUCAAGGACAACUCCUACUUCUCUCUUCCCUCGCCCUCCUCCACCACAACCAAGUCAACCUCUGGUGGAAUCUUCGCAAGACGGGGCAGCGAUAGUAGCGUCUCGUCGACUGGAUCCACAGGAUCGCAUGACUGCUUCCAAUGUGGCCUGCAUAGCACCUCCGAUAACGAGAGCAGUAGUGAGGGAGGUCAUCGUCAAGGAACUCUUUCGAGAAGCGCAUCAGAGUCGUCGACUGGUUCUUCCGACUCGCUUACCGUCCCCGCUGGCUCUAACGGCACAAGGAGACUCCGCGUUCAAUGGGUUGACCGGAUAUAG